AUGUCUGACGGGGUACUGAGCAUCGCCGGCCCGUUCAUACCUCUCGGCGUCUUCGCGGGCAUCGGGGCGAUCGGCGCCGUCAUCUGGGGCGUGCGCCGCUGCUGCGCCGCCGCGAAGGAGGGGCGCGGCGUCGUCGUCGGCGCGUCCCCGACGGGGAAGCACGAAGGGCUGCUGAACAAGAGCAAGGGCGACGUCGCCGCCGGCCUCGGGGGCCCCCAGCCGGGGGGAGGGGCCAGCCAGCAGCGGGGCCCGGACCCGGGGGACGACGGCGACGUGGAGGUCUGCGCCAUCUGCAAGGCGCGGCUGGCGGAGGCGGGGUGGGGCGGUCGCCGGCGGCUGCGGCCGUGCGGGCACGUCUACCACGCGGACUGCAUCGGCCUGUGGCUCCAGCGCAAGUGGACCUGCCCCGUGUGCCGCGCCGACGUCCUCGUGUCGCCGACCGAGAUCGUGGACGCCAUGGUGUGA